AUGUUCGAAUGGUCUUCUGGCAUACGGGUAGCUUAUUGUGUCGAUGCACCAUUACCGGACUUGCUCUCGCCAUUUCGAAGAACUUUUUCAAAAGUUGCCACUAAGUACUGUCACAAUAUUACUGCAUGUAAUUUGAAGAAACAAUUAGUGUUCGGUCCUGAACACAUCAUGUUUGUGGAAGGUUUUCCCAGAAGGGAAUAUGGUGCCAUACAUAUCAAAUUUUAUGUCGUCUUCCCGCAUAACACAGAAGCAGCUACAAAACAACCUCGUCCACUCUUACCGAGAGCGGUAUUGUCAGACAUAAUCUCCAAGCAUCUCACGGAGAUAUCAAAUCGUCUUGGUUGGUCAAUAAUCAGUUACGAGAAGUACCCCAGAUUUGACUCUAUGACUGAAUUUAUGAAUAUUGCUAUUAUACCAAUUGUCAUAUUCUCUAUACCUCUUAUGAUAUUCCUAGCUUACUGGACAUCCUCGUUAAGGCCUAACAUGUCAUCCGAAGCAUGGCUUGUGACGGGGGCAACUGGAGGAAAAAAUGCAGCAUUAAGGAGGACAAUGGAGAUCAUCGCGGAACAGAAUGCGGAAAUCGACAGACAAAAUCGAAUGGAACUUACAAAACAUAUGAUGAUUACAGGUGGACAUGAAGGAAUAACUUCGUCCGGUCAAAUGCUCCUUGACGUUGCAAGGUAA